CUUAAUUGUUUAGAAGCAAAAUUUAGAUAAAAUAAUAUUCUCUAAAUAUAAAUGAUAUAAACGUACAAUUGUUGUUCCUUACGGUUGUAUAACUAAUGGUGAGCUUCCGUUGUCAGAUCAAGAAGAUGCCUUUGAAUGCGAGGACAAGUUCACCUAGAAAAAUCAUUUACAUUGGGCAAAUAUUUCUUGUAAUUCUUCCACUGAUUUGGAGCGCACCCAUUGACCAAUCAGAUCCAUGGGAUGACGCUGAUAAUACACAAAAUCUGACGCCUGUUGAUAUGAAUGAUGAUGGAAAUGGCAAACAUAUGUCUGUUUAUAAAAUGGCAACAAUUUUAUCGUCGGAGGAAAAACAACUUUUGAAUGAGCUUGAACGACUACUAAGCCAACAAAACAAUGCAGGAAAGGGCAGUCAAGACGGGUUGGUUAUAGAUUUAGACCAGAAAAGCCGAGUUGUCACUCCGUAUUUCAUGAGAAGUAUCUUGCCGCCUUCUACGAAGCGAGGAAUCAGUACACCGUAUUUCAUGAAAAGAGGUGUAGCAAUCCCUUACUUCAUGAAAAGGGGAGUUACGAUACCUUAUUUCAUGAAGAGGGGAGAAGACGGUCGAGUGGUUGCACCAUACUUCAUGAAAAGAACUGUGGGUAUGCCAUAUUUUAUGAAAAGAGGUAAAUUUGUGCUGCCCGAAGAAUCUAACAUGUCUAAUUAUCUAUCACAAAUUGACACUGGUGACGAAGAAAGACCAGAAGUAGGAGAAUUAACAACGAAGCCGGUAGCCGACGACCUGACUGCAAAAAGAAUCUUUGGCCGUAUGAACGCCCUCGACCUUGAAAACUAUCUUGCACUUGCGGGUGCGGAUGACAAAUAUAGUAGACAGUUGUGGAGCAAUGAACAGAAAAUGAGAUUAGAAGGAAAAUGAGAAAACUGACACACCAAUGCCACCCAGUUAAAAUGACUAAUAACAGCAUGCGACACUUUGUUGAGAACACACCAUAUUUUGGUAUCUUUAUUCAUUCAAAAUUCAGUCUGAUUUUAUUUUAUAGGAAAUAAUAAAUUGUUAUUGUGCAGACUUCCUGCCCGUGUUUUACCUAAACUCUCGUCAAGCUGUUGCAGAAAAAGUGUAAAAUUCGCAUGGCAUGCAUUCAUAUAAUCUGGGUGGCAUAAACCAUCGGAAAAACUAUUUGAAGAAAAAUGCUUACUUUCUUUUAAUUAAUUUAAUCUGCAUAUGGCAAUAAAUAAAUAUUUCCUAUGA